AUGGCAACAACUACUCUGAAGGGCCAGCCCUUUGACCGGCCAAUUCUCGACUCCAUGCUUAGGCGGCGCAUGUUCUAUACUCCCUCCUUUGAAAUUUAUGGUGGCACUGCCGGCCUUUACGAUUACGGCCCACCGGGCUGCGCUCUGCAAGCAAACAUCGUCGAUUUAUGGCGCAAGCACUUCGUCUUGGAGGAGGAUAUGCUGGAGGUUGAUUGCACAUCUUUGACUCCUGCUGAGAUCCUCAAAACGAGUGGCCACGUGGACAAGUUUGCCGACUGGAUGUGCAAAGAUCCAAAGAACGGCGAGAUCAUUAGAGCGGAUCAUUUCGUCGAGGAGGUCCUUGAGGCUAGGCUGAAGGGCGAUAAGGAGGCUAGAGGUGUGGUUGUUGAGGAGAAAGAGGCAGACCCAAAGAAGAAGAAGAAGAAGGGCAAGGCUGCAGAGGCACUCAAGCUGGAUGAUGCUGUGGUGAAGGAGUACGAGGAAAUAUUGGCAAAGAUUGACAACUACAAUGGUGAGGAGCUGGGUCAACUCAUUAAGAAAUUUGAGCUCAAGAACCCCACCACGGGUGUUGAGCCUCUUCCUCCUGUAGCAUUCAACCUGAUGUUCCAGACUAGCAUUGGUCCGAGCAGCAAGGCCCUUGGUUACCUUCGACCGGAGACUGCACAAGGCCAAUUUCUCAAUUUUGCAAAGCUUCUUGAGUUCAAUCAGCAACAAAUGCCCUUCGCCUCUGCCUCCAUUGGCAAGUCUUUCAGGAACGAGAUUUCGCCCCGCGCUGGUCUUUUGCGUGUCCGCGAAUUUUUAAUGGCGGAGAUUGAGCACUAUGUGGACCCCGAGGGUGGUAAGAAACACUCGCGCUUCCACGAAGUACAGGACGUUGAGCUUGUUCUUUUGAAUCGUCACACUCAACUGGCCGGUCAAACAAACGUCGAAAAGGUUGCAAUUGGCAAGGCUGUGGCUGAUGGCAUUGUCGACAACGAGACUCUUGGCUACUUUUUAGCCCGUAUCCAAUUGUUCUUGAAAAAGAUUGGUGUGGACCAGUCGAAGAUCAGAUUCAGACAGCACAUGGCGAAUGAGAUGGCACAUUAUGCUGCUGACUGCUGGGAUGCUGAACUGCAAACCAGCUAUGGCUGGAUUGAGUGUGUUGGCUGCGCAGACAGAAGCGCCUACGAUCUGACAGUGCACGCGCAGAAGACUGGUGCACCCUUAAUGGUCCGCCAAAAACUAGAGACGCCUAUCAGUAUUACAGAAUGGGUAGCUGAGCUGAACAAAAAGCUGUUCGGCCCGCAAUUCAAAAAGGAUGGCAAGGCGGUUGAAGCUGCUAUUGAGGCAUUAUCGCAAGAACAGCGCGAGACCCUAGCCCCCAUCCUAAGUCAGGACGGUAAGAUUACUGUUGAGGUUGAAGGUGUUAGUAACGGCAAAGUUGAGGUUAGCAAAGACCUGCUUGUCAUUGAGAAGCGAACUCGGGUUGAGAACACUCGCGAGUAUACGCCAAAUGUCAUCGAGCCAUCGUUCGGUAUCGGUAGGAUUCUUUACUGUCUUUUCGAGCACAAUUACUGGACUCGAGCAAGUGAUGGCGGUGAUGAAGCACGCUGUGUACUCUCAUUCCCUCCUACAAUAGCACCUACGAAGGUUUUACUCGUUCCUCUGUCUAGCCAUGAGAGCUUCAAGCCUCUUCUGAAGUACAUGUCACUUAAGCUCCGCUCUUUGGGCGUUUCAAGUCGAAUCGACGACUCUUCGGCGUCUAUUGGCAAGCGAUAUAGUCGGAACGACGAGUUGGGUACACCCCUUGGUAUCACUAUUGACUUCCAGAGUGUGAACGACAAAACCUACACCCUCAGAGACCGAGAUUCGACGAAACAGGUCCGAGCAGACGAGGAGACUAUUCUUGCAGCUAUCAAGUCAUUAGUCGAGGGUGCGAAGGUCUGGGCGGAUAUCGAGAAAGAAUUACCCGCAUUUGAGGGUCAAGAGGCCGAUCUUCCAGUCCGCUGA